AAGGUUAUUAUUGUCAGAUAGUAAGUGCCAGUGGAUAAUUUUAAAAAUAAUGAUCAGUAAUAUAAUUGUCGCCCUGCAGUAACCAAGAUAGUAAAUACAAUAAUAACAUUUUAUUAAAACACAUAGCAAAAUAUUUAUUUUCACAUAUUGUCUAUUAAAAUUUUAUUCCUGUUAUGUAAUUAAUAUAUUUUCAAAUAAGUGAACAUGUUAAACCUAAGAUCACUGAAAAACAAGGAUAUUAAAUAAUUGUGGAAUAAUUGGAAUAUCCAAGUUUCAAAAAAUAGGCAGCUUAAGGGUGUCAUAAUGGCAUACAACUUGGAUUGGAUCAUUCCUAGAUUAAGGAGUCCUACCACAAUUUGGAAAAUUGCUAGUGCUGUUACCGUAUGUGCUGUGGGUCUAUUUAGCAAAAUUUUAAUCCAUCUCUUUAAUCGAGCUAAAGUUCACAAUAGGCAUGUUAUAAGCGAUUUAUUAGAUAAUAGGCCUAAACAAGUACCUUUGAUAACAGUUUCAAAUCACCAUUCAUGCUUUGAUGAUCCUGGUAUAUGGGGAACAUUAAAUUUGAGGCAUCUUCUAAGUCCUAAGGUGAUGAGGUGGUCACUUGCAGCGCAUGAUAUUUGUUAUACUUGCGCUCAACACGCGUAUUUUUUCAGUCUUGGUAAAUGUAUACCGGUGGUUCGAGGUGCUGGGGUUUACCAGGAUGCCGUGGACUUUUGUAUAGAACAACUUGCUAAAGGCGGAUGGGUUCAUCUUUUUCCAGAAGGUAAAGUAAACAUGACUAAAGAAAAUAUGAGGUUUAAGUGGGGCGUUGGCAGAAUGAUCUACGAAGCGCCUGUAACGCCCAUAGUUUUACCUAUUUGGCAUAUAGGAAUGGACGAUGUGUUACCUAAUGAACCGCCUUACGUUUUGAAAUUUCGAAAAAACCUCACCUUCAACUACGGUCAACCUCUAGAUUUAUCCGAAAUGGUUAACACUUUAAGAAACAAAAAUGUUACCGAAGAACAGGCUAGGAAACACAUUACAGACUUUUUGCAAGAAACGUUAUUAAAGUUGAAAGAACAAACAGAAGAAUUGCACCAAAAAAAUUUCAAAGUAAAAUCAUGACAACGGCCUAAUAUUAGUGAUAAAUAAUUAUUUUUAGGUAUAUCAGAACAGAUUGGCUUGUAUUUAAUUUUAUUUUUAAAUUGUUAAUUAUCUACACCGGCUAUAUUAAAAAAAAUCUUUCUACUCAUACCGUUUUACGCUUUUCGAUUAAAAGUCUUAUGUAGUCGAUCAAGAACAAAGCAUAAUAAUGACAUUUCUAAAAAAUAUUUUAUAAGGAAAAAUAUAUUUCAACAUAAUGCGAAUGAAAUUAAUUAAAGUAUUUCUAUCGGCGCAGAUGAAUUAGAUUCAAACCUACAUUUAAGGGGCUUAGUAUUGUGCGAGAAGUAGAAAAAAAAACUAAUAAUUGACAACUUCAUAAAAUAGCUCUCUUACAAAUUAUAGCACUAUCGUUGCUCUAAAUAGUUAUAUAACAUAUAUAUAUAUAUAUAUAUAUAUAUAUAUAUAUAUAUAUAUACAUAUAUAUAUAUAUAUAUAUAUAUAUAUAUAUAUAUAUAUAUAUAUAUAUAUAUAUAUAUAAGUGGUCUAGAAGCAAAACCCCCCCCAAAAAAACUCGUAAGUGUUUCCAGUCUUUUUUAACGUAAACAAAUGAUUAUAUUAUUGCUUUUUAUAAAAUUUGUCACCAUUCUGGAAUUAUAUUUUCAAUAAAAUACGAUGGAGAUGACGUGCAUUGCGAUUUAGUAUCGAUUAUUAAAUUUCAACCCAUAACUAUCAUGGCUAAAACUUGUUACGGUUAUACCAUAGCAGGGUCAAGUUUGAGAACCCAAUCUUUUAACAACUUCUGAUUUUUAUUACAGUUAUUUUCACCAGGAUCACAUUUGGGCAUAUCUCCUAUAUUAUCUAAUGUUUGUAAGUUUCCUAGAAAAUCUAAAGCUCCGUGGCUACGCUCUUUAACAAUAAAAAUGCAACUUUUUGGUAAAAAACUGACAGAUAUGUUUUAGAGCUUACCUGUAAGGCAUAACUGGCGCAACACUUUUCUGCUAGCAUGAUGUUUGCAAACAUAUCUUCUUAUAUCAUUUCUCACAAGUUAUGCUUCCCUUUUUUUGGUUUUUUUGCUUAGGGACAAAUCUGACAUCGUCCUCUUCUUUUCCCACCGUUCUUCUGGAUCAGGGGGUAGCUAGAUAAUCUUGUAGGGUUGAUAUUUACACGUAUCGACUAUGCUUUUCUAAUUGAACCUGCUUUUUUCUACUCAAAUAGUGAAAGUCACUAUUAUACAUUAAUCUUUGAUUGUUUUACAAUUAAUAAAAUGAAACCGUUAUAAAUGCUACUGCUUCGAACAGUCACGUGAGUAUAAUGUUGUUUAUUGGCUGUCCUGUAUACAGCGGAAUUUGAAAAUACGAUAACGAGUUUUGAAUAUCUAGAUGUAUAUAUGUAUCUAGACCACUCAUAUAUAAGCACAAGAAUAAGCUUACAAUUUCCAAAUAAUUGCACAGAUCGUUGCGUAUUCCUUUUUUUUUGGAAAUCUAUAAUUAUUUAUAAUUACAUAGAGUUAUAAAAUGAAUUAAUGAUGCAACGUAUAAGCUUCUUUAGAUUACAGGAAAAAAUAACAGUGAAAAGUAAUGAAUUAUAUUGGUUACUAAGGACACCAAUGUUGGUUGCAAAUAAUACUUUCAAAUAUGACUUUGUAAUAAUAAAAGUCAUGAGGAAACCUAUACCAUAACUUUGACCACCAAAAUAUCAUAUUUGAAGUUAAAUUUUUUUGUUAAUAUAAUAUUCAGAUACUGAACAUUCUUUUUACUACCAUUUAUUUUCAUGCUUUUGGUCUGUGAAGAAAAUAACGCCCAUUCGUGUAAGUGUUAGUAAAUUAUGUAAUGGUAUUGAGAUGAGUAUUCAGUAUGAAUAUUAAAAAUUGUUUUAGAUUUUCCAUUGUAAGGUUUACUUUAUAUUGGAUGAUUAGCUUAUACACCGGAGUUUAGUAACUACAUUCUCUUAAAUUAUAUAAUAAUAAUAUUUAUGAUAAAAUUAUAAAUUGUUGUCGGCUUCACAUUUUACAAUUGUUCUAUAAAAUAAAAGCUGUUUCAUAAUGUUGUUUUAGCAAACUGAAGUUAUUUUUUUUUUUCAAAUACACGCUAUAUAUCACAUUAAGUUUUUAUUCAGUUUAUCUAUACAAAUUGUAGGGUUUAAUAUGAAUUUGUUUAAAGGCUGGUACCCUGUCGUUAUAUAAAUCUUUUAGUGUUAAUGAAAUGAAGGAAUGACUAUAGUUUAUUUCAGAAAUGUAUGGAGCAAUAAAAACUCAUUAGGUAUGCAAAGGGACCACAGAGUGACUCAACGAAUAUUUAAGUCAUUUUCAUAGUUUGGCAUUGAUUUCAUUAUAAAAAUUUUUUUUAUCAAGUGUAGGACCCCGGGUCAAUAUAUGGGUUAAGCCUAUUGUUAUCCAUUCACAAACACUAAAAAUAUUGUGCCAUAGGCGUGCCGGAAGGAUACUCGUAAAAAGGAAAGAAUUUUAUUUUAACAGAAUAAAAAUUAGGCAUUAUGUACAUAGUAUUAGGUACAAUUUUGUUCAAAAAAUACAUUAUACCGAAAUAUUAAAUUAUAAAAAAUCAUAAUAUUCUUCGUCAUCUGAGGAAAUGUCAUCUUCUCUUGAUGUUAUAAUUAACGGAUAGAUGAUCCGAUCGAUGAAGAAGUCAAGAUCCCACAUUUUCUCCUCUUCUUUAUUGACAUGCUGGACUGCUUUUCUCUGGUGUCACCUCCUUAAUGGCUUGAUCAAACAGUAGCUUAACGUCUUUCAUUUUGAAUGACGUGUUGUGUCUUGCUACAAAUCCUUUCACUAGCGCCCAUAUAAGUUCUGUAGGAUUUAGUUCGCAAUGAUAUGGCGGUUAAUGGCACCUUAAUACCCGUUGACAAGCCUUCCAUGAAAGCUUGGCGAAUACUGGUUAUAUUUUUGUAUACUGUACUGCUUUAUACUUCUUAAGUAUUUUCGUCGCCAGCAAACAAUUUCACCGCUUUCCAGUAAAACUGCUUUACGGUUAUUUAGGGUGGGUAUUUCUUUUUUAAAAUAAAAAGAGUGAACUUUUCUUCGAAUUACACUACACUGGUGUCUUCAUUAAGGACUUUUACCGGUCUGCCUGGACUUUUCUUGGGAGGUUCCACUUGACCUGCUAAGUUGUUGUACAGUAAAUUUCGGGUAAUUGUAUUUUAUGCAAUCUUGUACAUUUAAAAUAAGUUUUUCAUUUACUGAUAGUGGAGAAUUAUUGGAACAUCUUUUCGUUGGUGUAAGUGUCGCCAUUUUAUUUUUAAUCUCAUAAUACUGUGAACACUAUUUACGGCUUAACAGCAAAUACUGAUGCGUUAAACUAAACAAAUAUACUUAUAAAGGUCUAAAAAUUUUGGGUAAGGCACCAUUGCCCUUACAAGUUAAACGGUACCUGUUAAAGUAAUCUCUACACAAUAUUUCAAGACCAACACCUAUGGCCGACAUCGAAAUUGAGCUGAACUGGACGGAAUUCCCCAUUUUAUUGCUAUAUAUAUUUCUGGAAUAGAAUAUAAAAUCACACUGUGACAUGACAUAAAAACUGCUCCAAGAAUUUGGCUGAUGUGUGUUUGAUCAUCCUCAGUACAGCUCGGACCUCGCUCCUACAGACAUUCAUCUUUUCUUACAACUAAAAUCUUUCCUUUAACUUUGACGACGAGCUGAAAAAACAUGUUACAACAUGGUUGCAAACACAUGCGGCAACCUUCUAUAAAGAAGUCACACAAUAACUUGUGCUACGGCAUAACAAGUGCCUACAAAAUGUUGGAAACUAUAUAGAAAAUUACGUUAACAGUAUAAAAAAUAUGUUUUCCGACCUGUACACGUAUCUAUGUUUUUUUAUAACCAAACAGAUCUUUGUUUGUGGAUGUACCUCGUAUAUCAUAGUGAAAUUGUGUUGGAAAUAUUUCUCAGCAUACAUUUUAGAACAAUUGGUGAAGAAAAAUUUAAUUGACUUACAAUAUUGGAAAAUUUCAACGUGCAUUUAUAUGAAUUAAAUUAUCUAGCAAUACCAAUUAGAAACGUCAAAAUAUGUAGUUUGAAUUAUUUGUUAUAAAAAUUGAAGAAACA